AUGUCGUCCCCGGAUUCGUUUACCCUGGAUGUUCCAACGGUCCUCUGUAUUGCCUUCUCUCUGUCAUUGAUGCCAGUGGCGUACAUUCUGUGCCAGACGCUUGUCCCAGCCAACAAGACCCGCGACCGCGUCUUGUUUUUUUGGCACGCCUACGAUGCCCUCACCCAUAUUUUUAUUGAAGGAUCCUUUCUGUAUGAGUGCUUCUUCAGCUACACCACUGUGGUUGGAAUCAGUAACGUCGAGCCUUUCUUCUUGAACCGCCCAGAUCGCGCCUAUGGCCCAGCCUAUGGCACAGGUCCCAGCUCGCGCCUGUGGCAAGAGUAUGCAAAGGCUGACCGCCGCUGGGCUGGCGCCGAUCUGACCGUGGUCUCACUGGAACUGUUGACCGUAUUCCUUGGUGGGCCAGCUGCCAUUUACAUCUGUUACCUGCUUUGCAAGUCGUCCAACGAAAAGAUCAGUGCCAAAUCUCGUGGCAGCGUCAAGGCAACAUUAUGGUUUGUCUCGACUGCCCUUGCCACUGCGGAAUUGUAUGGUGGCUUCAUGACCUUUGCACCUGAGUGGUUGACCGGUAGCUCCCAGCUGGCUACCGAGGACCCGGUUUACCUCUGGCUCUACCUGUUCUUCUUCAAUACUCUCUGGGUCUUCAUCCCUCUGUGGGUGCUGUGGGAGGCAGGAAAGGAGCUCCGUGCUGCCUUUGUCUCUGCAGAAAUUCAGGUUGAAAGCAAGCGCCAGUAG